AGAGAGUUGUGAACAUCCUGGUGCAUGGCAUGUCAACUCUCUAUGUAAAAAGUCAAUUUUUGAACAGUAAAGAGUCGACUCUAAAAAUCUAAAUUUGAUUUUUAAGCCUUUAAGAGUCGACUAUAUAAGCUAGUUUUGUGCUUACUAAUGUUUUCCCUAAAUGAAACGAAGGAUCUUUGACAUUUGGUGCUUGCAUAUUCCAGUCAAGGACAGGACAUCUUUUACAGGCCUUGUGCAGCUUGUUGAAAGUACAAUUAGGUCAGAAUACCCCAGGUCGCCAAAUAGACCAAUAUAUCUUGUUGGGGAAUCCCUUGGAGGAUGCCUUGCCUUAGCUGUUUCAAACCGUAACCCUGAUAUUGAUCUCCUACUUAUCUUGUCUAACCCAGCUACUUCUUUUGGCAAGUCGCAAUUGAAACCCCUUCUACCUUUACUACAAAGCAUUCCUGAUGAAUUCUUUCUUUUGGCAAGAAAUUCCAUGUUAACCUUAACCACAGGUGACCAUUUGAGGAUGCUGAUGGAUAAUGUAGUGAAGGGCAUUCCUCUGGGACAAUCUGUCGUUGGAAAGCUGUCACAGGAUAUUUUUGCUGCAUCAUCUUACCUCUCUGUUCUGGUUGAAAUCUUACUCAAAGAAUUGCUCAAAUGGAAGCUACAAAUACUGAAAUCUGCUUCUGCAUAUGCCAAUUCACGUCUCCAUGCUACAAAGGCUGAAGUGCUAUUACUUUGCAGCACUGCAACAAAGUUGACCAGUCCAAAUUUGAAGUUUAUGAUCCUCAUAAUCAUCUUUGGUCGAAUUAACCAUUUGUUUUCUAAUGGAAGAGAUCAAUUGUUUCCAAGUGAAGAGGAAGGUGAAAGACUACGCCAUGUACUCCCAAACUGUGAGAUUCGUCUAAGUUUGAUGAAAGCCACCAUUUUCUCUUCCUGGAAUGUCUCUCUCAAAAAUUGUUUUGGCGAAGAUGGUAUUAAUUUGGUAACAGUCAUCAAGGGAACUAGCUUCUAUCCUCGUGGAAAAUACCAUGACUGUGUGUUAGAUUGCAUGCCACCUACACCAGCUGAAUUCAAGAACUUAUAUGAAUCAAAUAGGAUAACGAGAGCUUACUGUUGUGUCAAGAAGAAGAGCAUAUUAGAUAAAUGGUUAUACGCUGCUCUUAGCUCCGUGGCGCUCUCAACUACCGAGGAUGGGAAGGUGGUGAAGGGUCUUGCUGGGAUUCCAUCCGAUGGACCCGUCCUAUAUGUUGGUUAUCACAUGUUAAUGGGACUCGAAGUUAUUCCCUUGGUAUCUUAAUUUCUUACUCAGAAUACUCUUGCGAGGGAUAGCACAUCCAAUGUUGUUUGAAAGAUUGAGAGAAGGCAGGUUACCGGAUGUAUCAACCUUUGACUCAACACGAUUAGUGGGUUCAGUUCCAUACUUAUAGUUUCAUACCGGUAUUCUUCUCCUAAAUACACACAGAAACAUGAA